AUGUACCUCGGCGCCGCCGCCGUCCUCGUGUCGGAGUGCAUCAAGCUCCCCGUCUGCCUCGCCGUCAUCUCGCGCCAGCUCGGAGGGCCGCGGCAGAUGCUAGCGGACGUGCGGCAGCGGGUGGUGGUGGGGUGGCGGGACACGCUCGCGAUGGGGCUUCCGGCGCUGCUGUUCGGCCUCCAGAACAUGCUCUUCUUCGUCUCCGUCUCCAACCUCUCCGCCACCUCGUACCAGCUCUGGUCCCAGUCCAAGACGCUGACAACGGCUCUCUUCUACGUCCUCUACCUCGGCGGCGCGCUGCGGCGGCUGCAGUGGCUCUCGCUCUCCCUGCUCUGCGCCGGCGUGGGGCUCGUCCAGGCGUCCGACUCGAAGAAGAUGAAGGCGAGCGAGGCGUCGCUGUGGGCCCUCUUUGUCCUCUUUGGGCUCGAGAGGGCAGCCCUCGCCGCCUCGGGCCCCUUCGUCGGCUUCACGCCCACCGUCUGGUCCGUCGUCUGGCUGCGCGCGCUCGGCGGGCUGCUCGUCGCCGCCGUAAUCAAGUACGCCGACAACAUCGUCAAGACCUACGCCACCGCCGUCGCAAUCGUCCUCACGUGCGUUGUUUCGUCGGUCCUCGACGGCUCGCGGCCCACGCGCGCCUUCCUGCAGGGCAUGUCGCUCGUGCUCGCAUCGGUGCUCCUCUACAACCGGAAGCCGAAGCCUUCGCCGCCGCCGCUCGACGAUGGAGAGGCUGCGGCGCGGCGACAGGCAGGCCGCUUGUGA